CAGCCCGCGGCCGAGGCCCGAGCGUUUGUAAGCGCCUUCCUGAAGAGCAGCAUGCCCCGGCGCAAGGCCGCUGCCAUCCAGGACUUCCUGACGCGGAAGGCUGUGGUGCUCGAGCACUGCCCCAGGAAAAGGACGAAGCCGAAGAGGAAGAAAACAAAAGGCUUCACGGCCAAGCAGAGGCGAGAGAUGCGUCUCUUCGACAUCGAGCCCGAGCAGCAGCGAUACGCAAUCUUUCUACCACUCCAUGAACUCUGGAAACAGUAUAUCAGAGACCUAUGUCACGGACUUAAACCAGAUGCGCAACCGCAAAUGGUUCAGGGCAAACUGCUAAAAGCAGAUCUCCAUGGAGCUAUUGUUACAGUCACAAAGUCAAAAUGCCCCUCUUACGUUGGGAUAACAGGAAUCAUUCUACAGGAAUUUAAACAUGUCUUCAAAAUUAUCACUAAAGAGGACAAAUUAAAAGUUGUUCCCAAACUUAACAACGUAUUUAGCUUGGAACUUGAUGGAUUCAUUUCCUACAUCUAUGGAAGCAAGUUCCAGCUUAGAGCAAGCGAGCGAUCUGCAAAAAAGUUCAAGUUGAAAGGAACUAUUGACCUGUGAUUUCAAUGGAAAACCAGAAGUAUUAAUAGAAACGUCUGCUGUUUUCCUGCAGUUUAAAGACCGGGUUUUCUGGCAGAUUGAAAAUGGA